AUGACUUUGGCGACUGUUCUCGAGUUGGAGAAGCGAGCCAUGGAGGGGUCGACCAACGCGGAGCGGGUGACUCUUCCUUACAGAAUAGCAAGCCUGGAAAGGUCUGUUUUCGGCUCCACGGCGAGCGAGGACGAUCUGAACAAGAUCGCAUCGCUGCAGACAGACUAUCUCCAGCUGCAGAAGGAUUACGAGAGCCUUGCAGACGAGUACCAAGAGCUGAAGGAUCGGCCCCCACAGGUCAUCGAGAGCUCCGCGAGCGUGAAAAUGCUGGAGGAGCAGGUGCAGAAGCUGCAGGAACGUUAUCAGGCAGUGCAGCAGAAGAUGUCCAAGCUUCGGGUGCAGCAUUUGGAGCUCGAGACACAACACAGCCAGCUCCAGGCAGAGCACGAGAAGCUCAAGGAGGAGGCGGCAAAGGCGCACAAGCACCAGAGCGCGCAAGUUGGACGACUCCGUCGUGAGCACGAGAAGCUGGCCGAGGAGCUGCAGCAGGUGCGCGGGGCUUACGCCGAGGCCCAGGCCCAGCUGGAGAAGCUGCGGAAG